AUGCAACACUACAGUCGAUCCGAUUUUCUGGAGGCCGGGAGCUUGUCCCGCUCUCGCAGUACCAGUCUUUCUAGCGACUCGCAACACCCUCGAUUAAGCCUCAUGUCGCCGCCUUCCGUUUCUCCCGCACCCGCUUUUAUUUCUCCUUCCGCUGCUUCAGAGAUCAUUACAUCAGACCAAGAAUUCAAUGCUGCCGAUUUUGUCGCGGAAGAAGAUACUGGUGCUACGGCUGAUGUGCUCGUUACUCCUGCCGCACUUUCCCUCUUGAACGGGUUUCUCGACAAUCUUCUGUUCAACAUCUUGGCCGCGUCCAAAUCUACACAACUGAGCUGCAUCCGUCCGAUCUUGGCGGAUGUUCUGAAACCCCGCCUCGCACAAGAAGUCGUAGCAACUGCCGAUGAAGAAUUGUGUGAAUAUAUGGGCGGCGAGGAUGAUGAGAAGACGGAAUUUCGAGGAGGCCAAGAACCAGGUGGUGAAUUUGAUCUUGUUCACUCAUGGAAGUUGACUCGUUUGCGAUGUAUGGUUUACACCAGAUUGGGCGACAUGGAAGAGGAGGAUGAGGAUGAAUUCAUUGCCCAGGAUCGUUUGGGCGAGGCUGAUGGUGCUCCCCGCCGAUUUUCAAGUCACGUCGACAAUAUCACACCCGCAGCAGCGAUUUUCUUAACUUCAAUCAUGGAGCAUAUUGGUGAGCGAGCACUCGUGAUCGCUGGUGAGACAGCUCGGUCCAGGUUAUCAUCAAAGUUGAACGACACCGAUAGUCAUUUAUCGGACGAUUUUGAAGACCAUCGGAAGCGAAUUGAGCGAUUGAUUGUCGAAGAUUUGGAUAUGGAGAAGCUGGCCCUGAAUGCGACAUUGGGUCGUUUGUGGCGUACAUGGAGGAAGCGUAGACGUGGCACUACCCUCGCGCGAACUUUGUCCCGUGAGUCGUUCCGUCGUCGCACCUACACCAUGGGAAACAGCCGAAGGAGCAGUAUUGCAACCAUUGAGGAGCCUGUGACUCCCAGAGAGCCGCUCACUGAGGAGAAGCUCCCACUGCUCGAUCCAGCGACCGUACCAUUGCCCCUUGGUGACCAUGAUGUUGAAGAGAUUGAGGUUCCUGGAUACAACCCAGAAUUGGACGGUGAGGUGGUGCAGACAAUGCAGGCCAUUGUCGCUCACAAAGUGCGACCCCGGAGUUUGAUGGUGGUCCCCUCACCGUCGCUCGUCGCUCGAUCAGGCAAUUCUCCCUUGAGUGCCUCAGCCGUUGAUAAUCCGAUGUUGCUUCAUCAUGCUCGUUCAAGGUCUCUACCAAACCAGAAGACGCUCACACCACGAGAGCCUCGAUCACAGACCGAGACAGACCGGGCGGUGGAUGAUGCCGCGGAAGAGGUUUCCCCAGGGCAGUCAUCCCCCAAUUCCAGUAAAACUUCUCGAUCAUCUUCCAGAGAGAAGCAGCUGGAAACCAUGUACGAGGAUGAUGAAUCCGCAGAAUUUGUGGAUGCAGCAGAGACCGCGACUGGUAUCGCGACCGCGGCUGAAAAGGAGGAGGAUGGAGAAAUUGCUGCUGAGGAGAAGGAGCGCAUGUCUAUCGUGCAGGAGGAGGAAGAAGAGGAAGAGGACAAGUCUGUGCAAACAGUCAGUUUAUCGAUCGCAUCAUUGCGAUCGCGUCUCCGAGACGACGAAAGCAUGGAUGACUCCAAUAACAGCAGCAAUCGUGUCUCAAUAGCCUCGACGAUAAUAAGUGAAGGGUCAGCCAAGGACCCGGAGGUUAUCGAGGGCCGUGGGAUGUGUGAGAAACCUACGUUGACGUCGGCAAUUCAACGACCCAAGAGAAAGUCCAGUAGGGAUGUUUCUGGGUCGUAUGCAAAGCCGAUCAUUGCAGAGACUAGUGAUGCCGACGCACACCCGGUCGUGACGAUCCCCCAAUCUACGCAAGGGGCUGAACCCGCACUGGCACCACCCGCCGACGCCACGAUCGAGGCUAUCACUCCCGUGAGCGACAAUGGCAUUCUCGACUGUAAUCAGGACUCGGAUAUAUCAGGGUUGACACCCGUGUCCGAGAUCGCCCCUUCCUGCGACGAUCUUGAUUUCAAGACACCUGUCGAAAACCUCGAUAUUUCUUCAGUGUCGGCUGUUCCUCACGACGCUGUAUUCUUCCCAGGCGCUGAUCCCAGCGCCGCUGAAUUUGCUGCUGUGGCCGACUAUCCUUCUUCGUACGAGCCUUCUUUGAACCCAGAGCCUGAGGCUUCUACUCUGGAUCCUGUUUUUGCUGCAGAGUCCCCUCGACCAGCUUCAACUUCUGGAGACAGUGAACGCUCUGUGCAGCCGCGUACCCGCCACAGACCCACGCCACUGGUGGUCACCGCAAGUAACCGCACUUCUCCAAGCCUCGAACAGCGAGCCGCUGUACAACGCAUGCCUACUCGACCAUCUACGUCGAUCUCCUCGUCUGCCCAGGCCAAGUCUCGCCGCUCCGAGAGCUUCAGUAGCGCUCGCGAUAAGCGUCCAGUCACAGCUGGCUCUACUACAUCGUCUCAGGUCUCAAACAAGCUUAAGGGCCUCAUGAUUCGACCAGCUGGCGAGUCCCCCACUCUGCGUCUCCGAAGCUCAUCAGAGACAAGUCGAGCAUCUGGCAGUGGAGAAUCAUUGAACGACACGACCGACCUGGACAAAUUGAUCAACAGCGACGAGACUAUCCACUUUACGUUGACACCCCGCAGCGUGAGAGAGAUGACCUUCCCGGACUUGCCUCGACCGAUCCCCCGUUCCGACACGACCAACACCUCUGACCUAGCUCAGUUUUUGAAAAACACUGGACCGCCAGGUGCAGACCCUCGGGCUUCAGUGUCUUCCAAGGCUGCUGCAGCGGAGGCAGGACGUGCGGACUCACCAAAGCAUAUUCCUAUCUCUUCGCGAAUGACCUUGUCUCCCAAUAGUGCGGCAGGUCAGUCUCGUGAGCUUCGACCUGGUAACUCUACUCUUGAGUCUGCAGAGGUCACCAGCGUUCCUAGUCAGGUUGCACCACCUCCUAUCGAUUCCCCCAAGUCUCCAAAGUCUCCCAAGUCACCGGCUCGAAGCAGCAUGUCCUCCACUGCAUCCCGGAACCCCAACCGACCUAAACUUCAGGCUCGCGCGGCUGAAACUCGAGGAUCAGAAACUUCUGAUCUGAUUGACUUCAUUCGCCAAGGCCCUCCAGAGUAUGGCGCUCACCGCAUCCCUCGUACUGUUGCACCAUUCCGAAACACGAUUGAUUCGGAUGAUCUGCCAUUUGAUUCUCCUCAGGAUGGCUCGCUAAACAGUAACCGUGGGGACUCAGCUCCGAACAAGUCACUGACCUCCAUUGGCUCGCGGACUGGAUUGCUUAAUUCAGCAACCCGCCCUGGACAGGCCAAAGCCACUGCAUCUAAUAGCCGAGCUAUGGAUGAAGACCCUCACCCUGUUCGGAAGCAGCGACGUGUUCGGGAUCCUUACGCUAUCGACGACUCUGAUGAUGACGACCUGCUCGAGGAGAUGAUCAGCAAUGCCAAGCCCCCGCGUCAGGAAGAGAGUCUACUCGAUUUCCUGCGCAGCGAACCUCCGCCAGACUUCGAUUCAAAACCCAAACCCUUGAGCUUUAGACAGCCCCCCCUCGUCAAGUUCAAGUGGCCCGGGCCCAGUAUCACCCACGCCCAAUCCAACUACUCUUUCAAGGUGGGAAUGGAGCGCAACCCUGGCAUCAUCCCAUCCACUUCCAACCGCCAAACCGAGACCAGUGCGCUGGCAGACUUUCUCCGCAAUACUGGCCCACCAGAGCCUGCUCCCCAAAGCCCUGCCGCCAACAAGUCUAAGGAAGGUGGCUUUGCCCGCUUCUUCAACCGUCGCAAGAAGAUUGAGGCUUAA